GUUGGGGACUAAAAAAAGUAGCCAAAAAUGUGUUUCUCACACACUGUGUAUCCUGUUAAAAUGUUUAUAUUGGGGAAAGUGGGGUCCACUUCCGUUCGUCCUUCAACGGACUUGACUCCAGUCUCCAAUCCUCUACACACUCACACCUUAUUUCUACCAUUCCAAAUCGCAGUUCCAUACUCCCUCUCCCUUUCCUCUGGUCCACAGUGUGUUGUUUUGUUACCUCCAUUAAUUUACUUUCUCUCUUUCUCCACUUUCCAUCUCUCUUCAUCUUUCUUCUUCUGGUAAUGUGACUCCCAUCCCACCCCUUUCUCUCUGUUUCAGAUUUAAUGGCGUAUAUGUGUGCAGACAGUGGCAAUCUAAUGGCAAUUGCUCAACAAGUCAUCAACCAAAAACAACAGCAAGAUCAACACCAACACCAUCUUCUUUCUCCACUUACAACAACCCCCUUUUCUCUUCUUCCUUCCCCAGCUAUGGCUUCUUCUUCUUCUUCUUCUUCUCCUAAUUUCUCCUUUGGGAUUUCUGCUUCUGCCUUCUCUGACCCUUUCCACGUCGCCGGACCUCCUGAUUCUACCGACCCUUCUUUUCAUUUCCCUAAUUUAGACCACCCUUCUCCUGCUUUCCGAUUCUUCCCUAAUUUUGGCCCCGCCGGUGCAGACUUUGAAUCUGAUGAGUGGAUGGAUAGUUUAGUCGCCGGUGGAGAUUCCUCCAAUUUGCCGUCUGGUUGUGACGGUUAUGCUGAGUUUGGUCUCUAUGGUGCUGCGGAUCCUUUUAAUGCCUCUCCACCCUCUGAGUUCAACCCAGUUGUUCUUCCUGAAAGUUCGUCCAAGAUGAAUAGUGUUCCGCCUCCAUGGCCGUCGUCUCCACCACUGGUGAAGGAGGAUAUAGUGACGAAUCCACCGGUGGAGAGGCCGUUGAAGAAUGAUGUCGUUGAGGGCGAAGUCGAGUCGUCGUCGCCGCUUUUGAAAGUCUUGAUUGAUUGUGCGCGGCUCUGCGAUUCUGAACCUAACCGAGCAGGGAAAACUCUUAAUCGGAUUAGUAAAUCGUUACGAGAAGAUGGGGAUCCGAUUGAACGAGUGGCGUUUUACUUCGGCGAGGCUCUUCGGGAGAGAUUAUCCUUGACGGCGAUGAAUAAUUGCUUGAAUACAAGUGAGAGCGAUGCUAAUUCUGAAGAUUUCUUGCUGUCAUACAAAGUUCUGAACGACGCCUGUCCUUACUCCAAGUUCGCGCAUCUCACGGCUAACCAAGCAAUUCUGGAAGCUACACAGAGAGCAAGUAAAAUUCACAUUGUCGACUUCGGAAUCAUUCAGGGCGUUCAAUGGGCAGCGCUUCUGCAGGCUUUGGCCACACGAGCCACCGGAAAGCCUAUCAGAGUUCGUAUCUCCGGAAUACCAGCGCCGUCGCUUGGAGAUUCACCGGCAGCGUCUUUAUACGCCACUGGCAACAGACUCUCCGAGUUCGCAAAGCUUCUAGAAUUGAAUUUUGAGUUCGAACCGAUUCUAACGCCGAUAGAGAACCUGAACGAAUCCACCUUCAGCGUUCAAUCAGACGAGGUAUUGGCCGUGAAUUUCAUGCUUCAAUUGUACAAUCUCCUCGACGAGGAUCCAGCUGGAGUUCAUAAUGCUCUUCGAUUAGCAAAAUCGUUGAGCCCUCAAAUAGUGACUCUCGGCGAGUACGAGGCGAGUUUGAACCGGAUCGGAUUCUACAACAGAUUCAAGAACGCAUUGAAAUUCUACUCCGCCAUUUUCGAAUCGCUGGAGCCAAACUUGCCUCGAGACUCGCCAGAAAGACUCCAGUUAGAAAAACUGUUACUCGGGCGUCGAAUCGCCGGCGUGGUUGGAACCAAAGAAGAUUCAAGAAGCAAAAGAAGAUUACGCAUGGAAGACAAAGAACAAUGGAAGAAUCUGAUGGAAGGCUCCGGAUUCGAACCUGUAGCCCUCAGCCACUACGCCAUUAGUCAGGCGAAUAUACUUUUAUGGAACUACAAUUAUAGUUCUCUCUACACUUUAAUCGCAUCGGCGCCGGAGUUUCUGUCUCUCGCAUGGAACGACGUCCCUCUCUUAACUGUAUCUUCCUGGCGUUGAUCUUCCCUUCCAUUUUUCUUCUUCUUCUUCACGUUGUUGGUGGGUAGUAAACAGUUUCAAUCAGCCAGAUCUUUUUCACUGAGCCAAAUCUUGGACAUCUGCAUUCUUAGCUCCGGCGGUAACUGCCGGAAGUGGAACCUCUCCUCUCGCUUCUCACUCUCCACCAAAAAUGGAUCUAGGAAUUCCCGGCGGACUCAACUGGCAAGCAAGAUGACUCCAACUCCAACAAGGACAAGAAAUUCGAGCCCGUGGCGCAUCCGUCGCGUGUCGGCCGCAAACGGCGGAAGCAGAAGGGUUCAAACGCCGUUGCCGGCCACCACGUUCCCAACCAAGGACGUCACAUCGAGAUCUGUGAAAAUCAUUUAUUCUUCAUCUUCAUAUUGUUGUGGUUUUCAAACCUCAUAAGCUCAUUCUUCUUCUUCUUAUAAAAUCUUUCAAAUGUCACCUUUAAAGAUGGAGAAAAAUCUCCCAAAUCUUCUCUCAAUGCUUCAUUCUUGGCUUCCCCCUUCAAAUCACUUCUUCAUCAUCACUUUCUUUGCCCUUUUCAAAGCUUGGAGAAAAUCUGAGCCUCACUGCUCUUCCUCUGUUUAAGUCUUCAUAAUUAUCGAUAUCUUCAAGCUCCAAAUCGUCACCGCCACGUUUGCUUGCCGGGAAGUUGUAUAUGUAGUAUUUAUUUAAUAUUAAUUGUAAUAUGUUUAGCUUAUACUAUUUAGUUUGAUUUAUUAUUUUAUAUAUAAAAGUCUAUACGACCCAUUUUAAUUCUUGUA